AUGACUGGCACCGCUGGUUGCUUCAAGGACGUACAAGGUGUGAUCAGAGAAGCUUACAAGCACCUUGAGCCAGGCGGGACUUUGCAGGUGGCGGACUUUGACCUCUCUCCCCAACGGGCUGAUGGCACAUGCUCUCACAAUGACCCUGUAUUUCAAUUCUUCCAACGCCACACGACAGCGGCUGCAGAGCUGAAGCGUCCAAUCAGUAUCGUGCCCCAGUACGAUGAGAUGAUGAAGGCGGCUGGAUUCAACGUUUUGAAACAUGAAGUUAUCAAAGUGCCUACCAACCCAUGGCAGCGGGAUGAAAUGGGGCAAAAGAUAGGCCGCUUCAUGGAAGAGGUCAUUACCGGCGAUCCGGAAGGAAUGUUCAAGGACCGCAUGGUAAGGGGAUUGGGGGAAGUACCAGAACAGGUCGACCUUGAUUGCGUCACGAUAAGGAGCCACCUCAAAGACCGGCAGAACCGUAUCUACUUCCCUUUGUAA